GUUAGGAGCCUCGGAAGGGUUCAUAGAAAGUUCACUCGCAUAUAUUAGGCAAUUCAAUCUUUCAUUCUCUGUGACAAAACUAGUAGGAAGUGAGCUGUAUGGAGGCAGGAUAACCCAUUCGUCAUUGAAGGGGAGACGGCGUUUUAAAACGCGAGCUAUAAUGUUUUAUAAACAUUUGUUAUCCAUCGCUUUCGAUUGAAAACAACCUGUUUUUGUUUUGCUAACCGGGGAGGUCGGAUAGUCCUUUUCCUUUUAAGCUGAAUCCAUCGCGAUACAAUUGGGAAAUAUCGCGAACACCCCUUUUUUCUUCAGUAUCUGGGCUUCGUGGAAAAUGGUAAAUGAUCAUUUGGAUCAAUUACAGGCUUUUAGUUGUGUUGUCUGUCAUAAUUCAUGAUUCUAGUCUGGGAAAAAGACCAAGAUCUUACGUGCCAAAAAAGGGGCAGAGUUUGAUGGAGUUGGUUCCACUUUUACAUGCAAUUUCCCUCCACACCUAAAAGGAAAAAACACUUUUUGCAGACAGUCUGCAGAGGCUCAUCAUGUUUGAUUGUAUGGAUGUUUUAGCAGUGAGCCCUGGGCAAAUGCUGGAUUUCUACACUUCAGGUCCUUCUUCAUGCAUGCUCCAGGAAAAAGCUCUGAAAGCAUGCUUCAAUGGACUGGCACAAUCAGACUGGCAGCAUCGACGGAGCGCUCAGUCCAUUGAAACGCAGAGCACCAGCUCCGAAGAAUUAGUGCCGAGCCCCCCUUCGCCUCUCCCUCCGCCCCGAGUUUACAAACCGUGUUUUGUCUGUCAGGACAAGUCAUCAGGAUACCACUAUGGAGUCAGUGCUUGUGAGGGAUGCAAGGGUUUUUUCCGCAGAAGCAUUCAGAAGAACAUGGUUUACACGUGUCACAGAGAGAAAAACUGUGUCAUCAAUAAAGUCACAAGGAAUCGAUGCCAGUACUGUCGGCUGCAGAGGUGCUUUGAAGUGGGAAUGUCCAAAGAAUCUGUUAGAAAUGACCGGAAUAAAAAGAAGAAAGAAGUUCCAAAGGCAGAAUGCACAGAGAGCUACGAGCUGACAGCAGAGUUAGAGGACCUUAUUGCAAAGAUUCGCAAGGCUCAUCAGGAAACCUUUCCUUCCCUCUGCCAGCUGGGCAAAUACACUACAAAUUCCAGUGCAGAUCACCGUGUGCGGCUAGACCUCGGAUUAUGGGACAAAUUCAGUGAGCUGGCCACAAAGUGCAUUAUCAAGAUAGUGGAAUUUGCAAAAAGAGUGCCUGGUUUCACAGGAUUGACUAUCGCUGACCAAAUCACUCUUCUCAAAGCUGCCUGUCUAGACAUUCUGAUUCUCCGGAUCUGUACAAGAUACACGCCAGACCAGGACACAAUGACCUUCUCCGACGGCCUUACGCUGAACAGAACGCAAAUGCACAACGCAGGAUUUGGCCCUCUCACCGACCUCGUCUUCACGUUUGCCAAUCAGCUCCUGCCUUUAGAGAUGGAUGACACGGAGACAGGCCUCCUCAGUGCCAUCUGUCUCAUUUCUGGAGACCGACAAGACCUUGAGGAACCAGCAAAAGUUGACAAGCUACAGGAACCACUGCUAGAGGCAUUAAAGAUCUAUAUAAGAAAGCGGAGACCUAGUAAACCACAUAUGUUUCCAAAGAUUUUAAUGAAAAUCACAGAUCUGCGCAGCAUCAGUGCGAAAGGUGCAGAACGUGUUAUUACCCUCAAAAUGGAAAUUCCAGGAUCAAUGCCUCCGCUAAUCCAGGAAAUGCUGGAAAACUCAGAAGGACAAGAUGGACAGAGACCUGAGGAAAGUCCAGACAAACCCCAGGACAGCCCCACGUCAGAGGAGAGUGGCCCUGCCGCACAGCUGGCUGAAGAGAAAUAGGACCAUUGAGAACUUUAUUAGACAUUCCUUUGCACAAUACAGGGGGACGCGCAAAGCCAGAAGCAUUUUCAGUGAUGCUUUGUCUUUGCUUUGCUUUUUUUUACAACACUAAGGCCUAAAAGGACCAAUGCUUUGUGUAUAAUUGUUAUUAAGCUCUUAUUUGGGGGGGGGGGGAGGACUGAAACUGUACCCUUGAAUUUCAAAGCUCCCUUUGGCCAGACGCCAAAAAAAGAAUGACAAUAACAGCAACGACAGUUUAAAACUUCAGGUUUCCAUUAUGUAAAUUUCAUCAUUGCAUGAUGGUCUCAAAGCUUGGUAAGUGGUUUUAUUCUAUACUUCUUGUUGGCAUACAUUGUACAUACCAUUGUAUGGUUAAACCUAUGUUUCUAUAAUGACUUUGUGGUGCUUUUCCAUUGUCUUAAAUAUGAUCAUGUUUAAGGCGAUACAUCAAGAUAAAAUGGGCUUAUUAAGUCCUUAAAAUGGUUAUAUAGAAUGUUCUGGCUUAGGUAGGAUGGAAGUCUAUUUUAUAUCUGUUUAUAUAUUUAAAGAUUUUUUUACUCUUAUUUCACCAUUCAACAAGAUGAUAGACUCUACAAAAGUGGCAGAAUUCGCCAUAUCCCUUGGUAUCUGUACAAUCUGUUAAUUCUGUUCAACAAGUUUUGAUGCUGUCAAGGGAAGAAAUUUCAAUAAGGAGACCAUUUCAAUUACUUCCAGCUGGCUUUGCACAGUAAUUCUGAGAGGAUUUGAAAGGGCCAAUGUAAUCAAAAUCACAUUUCACAUUUUAUUGCUGCUUUAUCAGUGUCUUUUGGCAGAAAAAAGUAGGGAAAAUGCUGUCGAUUAUAUUUUCUUUCCAGAAAGUUGAAUGUUUAAAAUAUCAGUGCAGAACAGACUCAUAGCAGUGCAAUCUGGGUAGAGGUUUUAGUUGUUUCACAAAAUGAGUCUGAAUUGUCAAAGAUUUAAUGUUUUCCAUAGGCAAUAUGUUUAUUUUAAAGAGGGUAUUCCAGAGCAAUGAGUCUACAUUUUUGGCUAAAGCAUUGUGCGGUUUUCUUCACCUGAUUAAAGUAUAGCAUUUUGGCACUGGGCCUGUUACAGAAAGUGACAUCACCCCGUUGGAAUCUGGAUAGCACUAAAUUCUCCCACAGUGGGAGGCCCAGCCUUUUAGCACAGUGGAAUUCGCUGCUGCCUUGAAGGGUUGCUUUGUGUCUCUGAGCUGGAGUUGCUUAUGAGUUUGACUCUCGGGAAGGAUAUACUAGUAGCUGGACUAGUUAUGAAAAUACAUGAACAUAAAAUUUAAAAAAAUGUCAUCCCAACUCACUUAAUUGCAUACAAAAAUGCACCAUUAUCUUUGAAACCAAUUAUCUAACCAGUCUAAGCAAGUACCAUAGCACUUAUCAAAAUUCAACACCUGCAACUAAUGUAAAGUAGUGAUCUAUACACCUAGUCCUGUAGAGUCUCAGUGUACUCUGAGCUUUCUGAACUCUAUAAAUUUUUUAUCUGAGCUUGUAGCUAUUGAAGAUUUUCAAUUUUCAUAAAGACCAACAUGUCAAGGACAGAGAUGAUAUCGAGUAUUUUAUCAUGUUAACUUGUUUUAAAACAAAGUACUGUAUUUCAUGUCUACAGUGGGUUCUCAGAAAACUCCCCAUUCACUAACAUAAUAUGACAGAAUUGCAGCAAAAUUAUGAAUACAAAGUGUAUGGGAUUUGGUCUACAUGUAUAUCAGUAUUAGUCUUAGGAGUAUUCAUCUUAAACUCAAAGUUCAAAACAGUAAAAACGGAACAAACUCAAAAUAACACCAAAUAUUUUAAAAACCUAAGGUUUCUUUGUCACACGCAGUAAGGGUUUUGGGGGUGAAAAAUAGAAAGGCGGAGACACGAGUUUUGUUCAGUUUUAAUCUGGGGGACAUACUUUUCUUUUAUUUCAGUUAAUGCUGAGAGGCCUGACAGACCUUUAGUAGGGAACUGGACAAAAACAGAAUGAAGGCUUUAAGGGACCAGUCUGUUAACAUGUGAAGCUCAAAUCCUACUGGUAACCAAAAGGCUCUGACUGGCAUUUGCUAAAAUCCCUGCUGCUUGAAAGGUUGAUAAGGCUUUCUUUUCUCUUACUCUGAAGGUAUCUGUGUGCUUCAUCUUAAAGGUGACUACAUUUGUCAUUUCCCACAUCCAUGAAAUAUUCACUGAAUUGUUCCAGUAGGCCCUGUAAAUGUAGAACAGUUAUGUCCUUCAUACUGUCAACUGAAUGAUUAACACACUGAUCCAUAAGAUACUCCUGUGUCAAAGACAUGUGAAUUGAUCCCUGCUGCACAUAUAAAGACCCGUAUUCAGCUUUAUUAAUGAAUGCGGCUAUCCUGUCACUUGACAUUAAAACGUUUGAAUCCCGACCCUGAAGUGACACAUUUAGUCACUCAAAUAUGGCAGAUGGAUAUCACAAUAAGGAUAUCCAAUGAGUGUCACUGACUUGCUGUACACGUGGAGAGGUUUGGUCAGCAAGAAAAAUGCAGGCUUCCCUGCAAAGCUCACGCAGUCUUGAGUCGUCCACACCUUGGCCCUAGACAGACAUAAGGCCUCUCUGUGUAAUGACAGGCUGAGGCUUGCCCCCAUCUCUUUGAGUAAAAUGGCAAAAAUCAAUAAAUUAACUGAGCGCAACUUUGGCAAGUACAUGAUUUGCAUUGGAAAGCCCAUUGCUGUGAACCUGUGGCAACUUGAGCCAACAGCCAUUGUCUGCCUGACAUGAAACAAUGACUCCAGGUUGCCUUGGGGAUUCCUGCUUGCAUCCUUGUCACAAGGCCACUGUGCUCUUCAGUCAUAGAACUUGCAUCACCAUGGCCCACGGACCAUCAUCCCCAGUCAAUACCAGUGUCUUGUGCAUUACCUCUUAAAGGUUUCAAAAGCACUUCACCUUUAAUUCUGAUGGCUGCCUGAUGUAAAAUGAGUCUCUAGUUGUGCACCACUGAAUGUAAUCGGUCACCUCAUCUGUCUGAACUGAGACACUUUUUUGGAGCUGUUCUUUUACAUCACUGCCCAUCUCUCCAAUUUGGCAAGUGUUUUAAAGCAGGACCUCGCCUAGCUAUGCUACUAGACUUCACUUCUAUCUUCAUCAAGCGCUUAUCCUUUGCAGGAGACUUUCUCCCCGUUGUGUGACUGACCAGAUUUGCCAAUGCAAAGCGCUACAUGUAAGCUUCUGUAGCCUUCAUUUUAAAUGUGCUGUGUACUUCAACUGUUUUGUCCUGUUCAGCCAUGUCCUGUUGACCCAUUUCGUGUUUGGGUUUAGAUAUUAAGGUGCUGUGUCUUCUAUCAAGAAUCCAGUGUGGGUAGAAGAUACCUGCACACAACACAUUUUGCUUUGUGCAUCACCGGACAUGCUCAAUGUAAAGCUAAACUGGCUUAUUUUCAAUUUUUCAAUUUUGCUGGAAUCUUUUUUAAUCACUUCCAAUUGUGCAUUUGUCUCCUUUUCUCACUUCAGUUGUCUCCAGGUUCUGCAAUGACAUCAUAGUUCCUAAGGACCUAAACUGGGAUUUCUGAAAUCUGUGAUUGUUAAACUAAUUAUAUUUUAAUUAUGUUAGUUUUAAAAAUAAUCCUUUGAACAUAUAUGAAGUGAAAACAAAAAAGCCCACACAGGUCAAACCUUCUAUGGCUUACUGUUUGUGAACUUCAGUUUUUAACCACUUUUACAGCAGAUGCAUCCUGUUCUCUUGAAAUGCACUGUCGGGAUAUUGCAGAUGAUCUGAAUGCUUAUAAUGGUCUUAUUACAUUUUUGGUCCUGAGUCCCUAAUUGAAAUAGGUAAAUAAUUCAAUGGGAAUCUAACAUACAUGACAUGCAUCUCUCUCUCUCAGGACGUACAAUGUACAAAUCUCUGAAAACUCCGAAAGUUCAUACACAAACAUGAACAUCAAGAUAAUGUGUCUGAAAUGUACUGAGAGGCAUUAAAACCUCUCAAAAAGUUGGUGUUUUGACUCCAGGCCUUUUCAGUGUCUCCUGUUGUCCAUGUUUCAACCCAUACAGAAAAAUAGGAAUAAUGAAUACACAGUAGACUGCAGUUUUGUCUUGAUGUUGCAACUCUCAAACACACAUUCACAGGCGGCCAAAGGCUGCACUUGGAGUAGGUAGAAGCUCAGGCCUGAAAGAUCAUGUUUUGGAACCAAAGGUUGGGGACGGGGGAAGGGGUAUAGGAUAACCUUCACUAGUCUAAACUUUUGGAGCCUAAACCGUGCUGAUUCUGGUACGUGUUAUACAAUACAUUUCCCAAAAUCCCUCUAAAGCAAGAGAAAGUCUUCUGGCAUUGCACCAGUUCCAUGAUAUCAUCAUUCAUUGUUUGGCCAACACAGCCUGCUUUGUUUGUGCCAGCUGGAUACCUAGUAUUCUUUUCCGAAUACAUUACAUUUAUAUAACUGUACGUACCUAGAAAAUGUAAUAUAUCCACUAUAAAUACUUGCAUGCAGAGUAGCAGCGAAGCACCAUGGUCAUUCAUUAUUAACAACACUUAGCCACUUCUAAUGUUGAAGCUAUAAAAAACCUGUAAUUCAACCACAUAUGAAAUGAUAGUUGGGGAUUUUACACAUAUGGUGGGCCCUGACAGGGUACUGCUGUAGCUCAGCUGGACAUCAAUUUCUGGUCCCAAAACACUGGGGGACAGUGUGUGAUUCACCUAUUUUAAAAAAUGUAGUCUCCAAAGCAGUUGCUUCUUGCUUGAGAUGCACAUAAAUCCUGGCUUAAAUGUAUCCAUUGUCAUAAUGGUAUGCUUUAAUUUCCCUGUGGUAUAUUUGCAUUUCAUUGAUUUGCCAACAGAUGCAGACAUGCAACAUACAGUAUGUUGGCAAGGUAGAUACACAUCUGCAGAACAAUGGGGAUUAAAAUAACGGUAAUAGUCAAAUACCAAGGCUGGACGAUUCCUACUUUUUUUUUUCUACAAGUCAAUUAGGAUUUUAAAUAUAUUUUUAUACCAUGUAGUAAAAGGUAUACAUAAAGUGGGAUUUUUUUUUCAAAAGGUUUUUAAUUCUUAGACAUUUACAAGAACUAGGUCAUUACAAAGUGGCGUUAUUAAAAAAAAAACUGCUUCUAAGCAGUGACUCUACGCUUAAUUGAAUCUUACUGCACACAAAAGUUUCCCCCUAGGAAGAAGAGGGGAAAGUGAGCAAGAGUAUUGAAUGUAAUAGCGUGCGCUUUGAGAUGCCUUUUGGUUCCAUUUCUCCAAAUUGAUUUUUUUUUUAUCAUUGUAUUCUAGUUUGUCUAUGCACAUUAAAUGCAUCAAAAGUUUCAAACCGAAGAUUAUGAAUUCCAAGAGGAUUGGAAUCCAUAAUGCUGAGAGCCAUUCUGUAAACCUGUGAAUGUUACAACACAACUCGCACCACAGGAAGUAUUGAAAUGGUCUCCUUCAGUUAUUUGUAAAACAUAUCAAACACUCUGUGUAUCUCUGAUCUCACCCCUGUUUGGCAGCAAAGAUAGCCUCCAAGGCAAAACACAGUGUGACAGUGUUGUUCUGUUUUCCCGUGUCAUUUUGAGCCACUUAGGAAAUGUAUGUAAAUUGGCUGAAGCAGUAAAUCACGAUACAGCAGUGUUGUAGAAUUGUGUUCAUAGAUACAUUAAAAAUCUAUUACUUUAGGAUUCAUUUAAAACACUAAUGCAGGGGCAACAAUUACAUGAAAAAACUAUACUAAAGAUCUCUGCCUAUUAAUUUGAUUCACGCAGAAACAGUGACUGAGCCCAUUCAUUCAAAGCCCUGCUGUUGGAAUAUUCUUUUGUAUUUGCUAUAUCUGUAAUGUAUUUUCACUGGCUCUUGUUUGUACAUUAACAAGCUUUUUAUGUUCAUAUACUGUUUACCUUUACCAUGGAAUCUCCUGGCAAAAUAAUAAAAUAUAUUUAUUUUAAAAUA